AUGUUCUAUCUUUGUAUUCUACUUUUGGCUCUUUGCAACAGUUCAAGUGCUGCUCCGUAUCCAGGAUGUCCACCAGACGGACCACUUCUGCCUCGCCCGACCAACAUAGCCAAUUCUGAAAUAGUCAAAGCAGCUACUGGCACAUUGCAAGACUCCCUUGACCGAGCCAUCGAAGGGCAAAUUCGCAGCGGGUUCAUUGUGGAGAACACAUCAUUCUCGAUUGGCCUCAUUUCCCAUGACGACCCUUCAAAUGUGCCAAUAUGGGAGUACCAUCAUCGAGGCUCUGCCAACACAAACGGUACUAGUCACAUAGAUGGCGAUACUCAAUAUCUUGUGGGAUCAAUCUCGAAACUCAUCUCUGAUCUCGCUUUCCUCCGAACGGAAAUCGACCUCCAAGCACCAGUCACUGAGUAUCUCCCACAACUCGCCAGUAACUCAUCAGUCAUAUCUUGGGAGAACAUCACCCUGGCCUCGCUCACAGACCAUCUGUCAGGCAUUCCACCCAAUGGUGGAUUUUCAGAAUGGUACUUUCUUCAACCUUUGCUGGAACAGCUUGGGUUUCCAUCACUGCCCAUCGAUGCUUAUCCAUCCUGUGGUGUUGAUGGUUUGAACAAGCCGUGCUCUAAAGAGCAGUUAUUCGAGCAGCUCCUUACAGCUCGUCCUGUGACCAUGCCAUAUCAGCGUCCUGUGUAUUCGCAACUUUCCUUCACACUGCUGAGCUACGCCCUCGGUGCCCACUUGAACAAAUCGUACGAACAGCUCCUCGACGACUACGUUAUCCAACCAUUCAAUCUCAACAACACAGGCGUCUCACCAGGCAUCACCUCCCUCGCUGCCAUUCCCCCUGGGCCCAACAACUGGGGCGCACAUUACGGCGAUGGCACCCCCGGCGGCGGCCUCUACUCCAGCCUCCACGACCUCACUCGCAUCAUCCAAUCCAUCCUCGACAAGACCGCUCUCCGCACCGCAACUCAUGACCGCCAAUGGCUCCAACCCCACUCACACACCUCCUCCCCCUCCACCUCCGUCGGCCAACCCUGGGAAAUCUUCAGAUCCACAAACCUCACGCCCUCGCACCACCACACCAUCGACAUCUACUCCAAAAACGGCGGCGCAUACGGCUACACCGCACAGCUAGCCGUAAUCGACCACUACGGCAUCGGCCUCGCCAUCCUGACCGCCGGUCCCGCAGACGCCUACCGCAUCCUCUACGACGCCAUGCUCUCCGUCAUCCUCCCCGCCGUCGAACAAGAAACGCGACUCCAAGCCCAGGGGCACGCAGGAAACUUCACCAGCCGCGACGGCCUCGUAACGCUGAACACCAGCAUGGACGAUGGCCCGGGCAUCAAACUCGACGCGCUCACGCGCAACGGGUCGGAUAUCCUCGCUGCGAUGUCGAGUUUCUACUCCCAAGCUCUACCACAGUUCGGCGCGCUGUCUACCGAUUUCCGCAUCUUCCCCUCCGAUCCUACCCAGGAAGGCAUCAGUAACGCAACUGGCACCAACGUCAGCGUGAUAAGAGAAGACUGGCGCAUCAACCUCGACUUCCUGCCCAACUCUGCCGAGACGAGCGGAAGCGAUCUCCCCGGGCAAGGCGCGUGGCAGGGUUUUUGCACCGCGUGGCAGACGGCGGAUUGGUUCCACUACGGCGGCGAGGCGGUGGAUAGGAUUGUAUUCUUGAGGGAUCGGGGGAGUGGGGAGGUUGUCGGGGUUGAGGUGCCGUUUUUGAGGGCGGCGUUGGGGCGCGAUGGUGUGUAG